GGAGCGUUGCCGUGUCGUCAUAUCACACCGAUGAACACUACCAUCACUGCGAGCCUCGCCCCGUUACACAGAAUAUCGGACAGUGAAAACUUCUCAUCUUAACACAGGAAUGAUUUACAAGAUGACGGGGCAGAUCAUCACCUCAUCUCAGACAGGCACAGGCAUCGGACCCGGCGCCCGGUGCAUCUCGAGAAGAUGAUGGAAGGCCCCGUUACCAUGGUAAGAGCUCAGAGAUGUACCUAUGCCGAAUCCACCAUCUCGAUGCCGCGCGGUAGUUCAGCCCGGGAAAGCCAAGAUGCCUCGACGUUCUUGGGGUCUAGCUUGGCGCCUUGGCGGCGCCUGACAUCAAAUUGAGACAAGCGGUAAUUAUUUCGAAGACUUUGCCUGUUUGCCUGCUGACUGAAGGUCUUGGAGGUUACGGACGAGGAUAGUGGGAUGCCGAGGAACGCGGCCCCUUCUAGAUCAGCCCAGGCCUCCGACGUCAAGAUCGGAACCCAUCCCUUAGCGUACCUCCACCAGUUCGUCCGUCCGCCUCGAGCCUUACGGAGAGGUUCUUGUUGUCUCGUUAUUUCUCUGCAUACGGAAAAGAGGCAAUCCCUUGCAGUUGAUGCUCGGGAAUGAUAUUUUGUUGGCCCACAAAGAAGAAGAGCGUUGUGCAAAUCGAAAUAGCCGGGUCUUCGAAUGGAGCCCCUAGUUCGCGGAAGAAGCCAUGCCCAGCAAGCCACCCUACGCUUACCCACCGCCUCUGGUAGAAUGAUGCUCGUUUUCAGACAUUUUGAGAAUCUCUCAGUAUCGAACCUCCAAAACGUUGAUAUUGUGGGUAUCGUGGGCUCGAAGACUGCAUCUCAAUUCUCUAUAAGAAGCGUCAACGCCCUCCGUCUUGUCACAAAUUCUCUCUCCCUCAUCAGCUCACACAGCAUCUCAACACACAACACUCAGACAACAAUAUUCUGAACACUUCUCUUCACUACUACCAUCUUGAUAACACAUCCUAUCCGCCUUAAUUCAAUCGCCAACAUGCAGUCCAAGAUCUUCACCGCCGCGCUCGCCGCUUUCUCCUUCGCUUCAGUUCAGGGAGCUGUUCUUCCUCGCGCUACCAUCACUCCUGGCACCAUCGUUACUCCUGGCAUCUCUUUCAACCCUGCCGAGCUUGGAGCCAACGAGUUGGCCUUCCGCACUCUUCAGGUCCUUACUGGCCAGAUUGCUCAGACCACCGCUCUCGCCAACAGCCUUGCUCUUCAGGCCACCGGCACUGCGACAGCUGCCGCUGACCAGGUCCAAGCCGUUGUUGCUCAACUGAGCUCCAACGCCGCUGCCAUUGCUGCCAACGUCGCCAGCAUUGUCGCUGCCGCUCCCACCGCGAUCCCUCCUGCUCCCAGCCCUACUGCCCCUGCCACUCCCGAUGUUGGUGGCCAGGCUGAAGCUCUUGUCCGCCAAGCUCAGGCCCUCGCCAGAGCCCUGACUGCUCAGAUCGCCGCUCUCCAGGCCCAAGUCACCGCCAACGCUGGAACCGUCGCCGGAGUUGCCCAGAACGUGAUCCUCCUCCCUGCUUUGGCUCAGGCCCAGGCUGCUGCCGCCACCACUCUUGCCACCGUCGGAACCGCAAGCAACCUUGCUCUCAGCACUGCUGCUACCCUGACCGCCAACGCCCAGGCCAUUGUUGACCGUGUCCGCAACGCCCAGGUCAAGCUCAACCCCGUCCUCGUCAUCGGCGCCACCCCCGAUGUCCAGUUCUAAAGAGCUCGAUAACUUUUUACAAUACUCUUUUGCCCGGUCUUUCGAUAAGCAAUUAUCUUAGUCGGUCAACAGCUUGAGCAAGACUCGCAGAACUUUCAACAACCGCAGCCGAGUAUGGAAUUCGGAGGAUAAUAAUAUGACAAAAGGGGGGAUUGGACUUACCAUUAUUAUGGGAUACUAACGAUCGCAAAGUCUUUAAACAAGACCUACUACGCUCCUUGACGGAUGGCUUCUGAAUAAUUAGUAAUAUUUUAUCUAGCGAUAGGACUAUCUUUAAUAUACAAUAAUCAAG